GCAUUUUUUUUUCACACAGAAAAGAUAAGGAAAUGCCAGUGGCACAACACAUAAUGAACAUAUGCGCCCGAAGACCAUUACAACGACUCAGCUUGGGAAUGAAUGAAGAUUUACUACAACAUGUACCACAGUAUUUACAUAUACUUGCUAAAACUCGCCCUGAAAAAGUUACCACGUUAGGGUUGGCUUCCGUUAAGGAUGACCCGGCCAGCUAUUAUAUUUUAUCUUAUGAUGGAAUACUUUUAAUGCCAUUUUCUAACCUACAAAUUCUCAGUACGGAUUAUGAUGCAUUAAGCGAUACAUUUUUACAUUCAUUAAGGGCCGCGCAGAACCUUGAAAGACUAGUCAUACACGUUCAUGGUAUUUGGGAGGAACAUUGUGGCACAACCGAGGAGGCAUGGAGAGAUUUUACCGAGAUUCAUCCGAAUUGUGGGGUUAGAGUUAGUUUGAUACAUGCAUACGAUGAAGUUAUUGAUCCAAAUCCGCCGUUUUUAAAAAGGAAUAUGAGAUUAACGCAUUUUAGGGCAUUGUUUUGUGAAAAUAUAAACAUACGCCUUUUAGAUCUGUUAUCGAGGUAUUAUGAAAAAACUUUACGUAGUUUUAUGUGGAUAGAUUCCUUGAAUAACCAAAGAAUAGCGUGGAAUUUAAGUGCAUCAUUACGAAGGAAUUUAUAUCCAGAUGGUCCAGAUCCCGAUCCACUUAUUAUUCUUGCAUGGUUAUGUAGUGAAUUAGAAGAAAUAACGUUUAUGGGUUAUAAAUAUGCGGAAGAAGAUCUGGUUGCAAUAGCGAGAUUAAGGACUGAUACACUCAAAAAAUUAGAAAUAGCGAACGUAGAUAUUUUAUAUUCAAGAUCUAGAAGUGUUAAUGCUAGAAAGGAAAUAUCUAAAAUAUUGGGAAAACCAUGGCAACCAGUACCAAAUUCGCAGUUACACCCAGUGAUUUUAGAUCCAGUUGAAGGCGAUUCAGAUGAAUUUAUCUCACCGUAUUUACUCUCCGAUCUCCGUUAAGUCAGAACACGUCGUCCCAACAACUUAGUUAGUAAGCAUUAAAAACUCCGAUUUCUACCAAAAAGAAACGAUUCGAAACUAAAACACGAAAUACCGUAACCCCGCUCGAUUUUUAAUUUCCUUCGAGUAUUAAUUAAAUAAUCGUUUUAUAUUUUUAACCAACACAAAGCGUACGUAAAAAUAAUAAAUAAUAAUAAGAAAAGGGAGAAAGACGCGAAGUAUUAGAAAAAAGUGAGCUGAAAUUAAUUAUUAAUUAAUUCGUUUUUUGUAUAGAAGAAAAAUAAUAAUUAAACAAAUGAAACAACCAAUAUAAAUAAGGUAACAAAGAAACAAGUAAGCAAAAACAAACAACAAACAUUAAAAAAUACCUCUAGUGAUAAGCUGAAAAACAUCUGUGAUAUCGAUACUGAGAAAAACAACGAUCGAGAGUUAAAAAAAAAUAAGGAAAAAAAGAGGAUUUUUUUUUCAUUUAUUUAUUAUAAAAAAAUAUUUUCUGUUCUUCGUUUAAAGAAAGAAAGGUUGUGUGUGAUACGAUGAUGCCAAAAACGCAAAAGAAAUAAUAUCAUCUUCUUUGUGAAUGUGGCAAAAAUAAAAUUUUAGAGAGAAAAAGUUGUUAAAACAAAAUGAUUAAUUGAGAUAAAAAAUGCAUUUUUUUAAAUUUUAAUUAAUUUUUUUUGUCGUUUAAUUAAUGUUUGUGAUACACUUUGUCCAACCGUUGUACAUAAGAAAAAGUAAUUAAAAUAACUGAAACUUUACUUUUUUAGUUUCUAACAAGUUGAGAGGUUAAUUUUUGUAUUAAAAAGUGAAAUAGCACGUAGAAAUGCAAUAGUGAUAGUAAUAAUAACUGACCAAAAAGAACAAGUCAACCAAGGGCUCAGUUUUUUUAUGUUAACUUAACUAAAUAGCUAUUUCUUAGUCAUUCCGAAAGAAAAAUAAUUAUUGUUUAAAGUUUUUUGUUCGUUUUAAUUUAAUGUUAUAUUACAAAAUAAGUUCCAAAACGUGUUAUUAAAAACUUAAUAAACAAUAAGAUCCGUGGAGAUUUAGACACUUUUAACAAAAUAAAUUUGUUAAAAAGAUAAUUAAGAAAAAUCCAAUGAAAUAUUAAUAACAAAACGGGUUUUUUCACACAAAAAACACACAUCCUGUAAAUAAGUAAAAAAUAAAUAAUAAUAAAUGAAAUACAUACAACAAAAUAACUUCAACAUCGAGUACCUGAGCUACAAAAGUGAUCUAGACCAUUUAAAAAAAAAAUAAAAAACGUAAAAAGCGAGCGAUAUAUGAUCGAUUUAUAAAAAAAUCGAUCUAAAUGCAAGAACUUAGCGAUUUAAAUAAAAUAAUAAAAAAA